GCCAGCGAGCAAGCGAGGGAGAGUGUGAGUGGAGUCCGUGAAAGAGAGUAAAGAGAGGGGAGUGUCCUCUCCCUUAUUCCUUCUACUGGAGCGAAGUAGUGGGGAUUACAAGACCUCCUGCCUGGAAGAGAGAGAGGGAAGAACAUUUUUGACUGGAUAUCUGUGGCUGUCAGAAGCAGAGAGAGGAGAGGAGAGAAGACCAUGGUGCUCCAGAGGGGCGCAGUCCUGCGUGCCCCAGCUGUCCCGCCGGGCGUCCGAAGUGCCCUGUGAGGAGGGCGGGGGUCCCGCUUCGUUUCUACAGCUCCUGCCCCUCUCAGCAACAUGCCCCGGAUUAGCACCCCACUGGAGCCUCACUAAAAACAUGGCCCAGGCGAAGGGGCGGAGAGAUGGGAUUUCGUCCAGUGAGAAGACGAGGAUGUCGGCGAGGGAGGGCGCGGCCUGGCAGGGCCCGCGGACGCUGGUUCUGAGGAAGAACUCGCAGGGUUUCGGAUUCACCCUCCGCCACUUCAUCGUCUACCCGCCCGAGUCCUCCCUGCACACCUGCCUCAUGGACGAGGAGAACGGGAACGGGAACGGGAAGGGAUUCCAUCGUGGUCGUCUGGAGCCAAUGGACACCAUCUUUGUGAAGAGUGUGCGAGAGAGAGGCCCCGCUCACCAAGCUGGCUUGCGCACAGGGGACCGACUAGUGAAGGUGAACAGAGAGAGUGUCCUGGGUAAGACCUACUCUCAGGUGAUCGCCUUGAUCCAGAACAGCGAGAGCAUGCUGGAGCUCUCGAUUAUGCCAAAAGAUGAAGAUGUGCUGCAGCUGGCAUACUCUCAGGAUGCUUAUCUGAGGGGUAAUGAACCAUAUACGGGCGGAGCCCGUGAUCUGCCAGACCCCCCGCCUCUCUGCUACCCCUCCAGCAAAACCCAGCACCCGCCGGCCCCUGCGGGGCCCCCUAUGGGACAGAACCAGCUGGACAACUGGAACCGCUGGCCAGGCUCGGGACACACCUCCCCCCUGGACAACCGGGGCAGCCAGGCGCGGGACCCCGGGGGGGCGGGCCACUCUAGCCCCGCCCACCGCACAGAGGAGAUCCAGUACGGCAUGACCGGGAAGCAGAAGGCCACGGGGCAGACCCGCGGGCGGCCCGCCCCCUCCUCCUCCUCCCCGCACCACUACCCCAAUCAGAACGCUGGCCACGCCCACGGCCCCGCCCCCCAACAGGCCCCCCCGCAGAGCCGCCUCAGCCGGAGCGAUCGCUGCCAGCAGGCGCUGACGGACUGGUACCACAGCCAGGCGCCCGAGCGCGCCCACGGCCAUGGCCACGCCCCCGGCCGCGCCCCCGGCCGCGCCCCGCCCCCGCGCCACCGCAGCUUCUCGCAGGACCGGCUGAGCGAGGCGGGGCCGGGGCGGGGGCGGCUCAGCGUGGGCUGGCCCCACAGCGCCUCCCAGGACACCCUGCUCCUGCCGCAGCUGCCCCCGGGCCUCGCCCCCGCGCACCCCGACCCCUGCUGGGCGGGGCUGCGCUCCAGCCGCGCCCGCUCCGAGAACCAGCUGGCCGCCGCCAAGCUCGAGCGCCGGCAGACCUUCGGCCGCUCGCUGGAGAUGCUGGACCGGGCGUCCGCGCCCGCCCCCGCCCCGCCCCGCCUCGAGAGGGGGGGCCGGCAGCUCCAGCAGGCCCCGCACCGGGGCGAGGGCUUCCAGAGGAGUUACUACGGCGCGCCGCCGCCCCCUGGUGGCCGGCAGGCGCGCCCGCAGCAGCCGCCGCGGAGGCCGACCCCCCCGCAGGCCCACGAGGAGCCGCUGGUGGGCUACCGCAGCUACAGCCCCUCCUUCCAGCGCAAGGCGGGCCGCUUCCUCCAGGCCUCGUCUUUCAGGGACCACUCCCCCUCGGGGCUGCCCCUCUCCUGGACGCCCUCCCCGAAAUCCAGCCCCCCGGACGGCCCCGGCCAGCCGCUCGCGCCCUGCUCCGCCUCCCCCCUCCUCUCCGCCGUCCUGGCCGAGCCCCAGGACGGGGCGCGGCGGCCGACCAAUCACGAGAGGCUGGGGGCGGGGCCGGAGGUGGUGCUGAGGCAGAAGCCGCCCACGGGCCGCCGCUCCUCCCACCCUCACCACCCCGCCGAGGCCGCCGCCCCUCCCCAGCGAGACCCCGCCCCUCGCCGAGCCAACGGCGCCGUGGCUCACCUGCCGCUGGAGGACGAUUCGCUGGCCACCAUCCCCUUCAUAGGCUCCGGAGCAGAGGUGUUCAGUGCAGAUGAGCCGACGAGCCCGAACAUUGACCUGCGGGCCCAACGUGUUCCCGCCUCCUCUGUGGUGUCCAGUGCCAUGAGCUCCGCCCCCACUGGCUUCAACCCCGCCUUCCCACCCUUCUCCUUCCCCCCCUCCAAGCUCUUCUCACAGGACUGCAGUGACCUCCAGUCAGGCCGGCGCUCCUCCUACCUGUCGGCCAUCACCACGGAGCGGUCCAAGUCGUGCGACGAGGGGCUCAACUCCUUCAGGGAUGACACCAACGUGUUCACGAGGCUGCCGAAGAGAGUCAAGAGCUUCUUUGCGGACGGGUCCCUGGACAGCCUGCUGACGGAUGAGGGGUCCCUGUCCAAACGGCACUCCGCCUCCGAGCUGGGGAGCUUCGCCUUCAGCGACGUGCUCAAGGAGGGAUGGCUCCAGUACAAGCAGAUCGUCACGGAGAAGGGCAGGAAGGUGGGCAGCGCCAUGCGUCCGUGGAAACGCGCCUACUCGGUGCUGCGCUCCAAUUCGCUCUUCCUGUACAAGGACAAGCGGGAGGCGCUGCUGCACGGGGCGGCGGCGUUCGGGGUGGGCGGGGCCGAGGACGAGCAGCCCAUCAGCAUCCGCGGCUGCCUGGUGGACAUCGCCUACAGCGAGACCAAGCGCAAGCACGCGCUGCGCCUGGCCACGCAGGACUACUGCGAGUACCUGCUGCAGGCCGAGGACCGCGAGGACAUGCUGGGCUGGAUCCGCGUCAUCCGCGAGAACAGCAAGAACGACAGCGAGGACCUGGGCGUGUCUGGCCAGGCGCUCAUUAACAAGAAGCUCAACGACUACAGGAAACAGAGUCCAACAGGCGGCAAGCCGGACACUUCCCCCAAGGCGGCUCGAAUGAUGCCGGCCUUCCUCCAGGCCAAGCCGGACAAUGCCGGGGGGGCUCCCCCGGAAAGGAGGGAGGAGAGCAGCCCCCCAAAAGCUCCCUGGGGGAUCAGUAUCAUGAAGAGGGUCAAGAAGGCGGGGCCUAAAGCCUUUGGGGUGCGGCUGGAGGACUGCCAGCCCGCUGUCAAUACCAAGUUCGUCCCCCUGAUAGUGGAGAUCUGCUGUGGGCUGGUGGAGGACAUGGGUUUGGAGUACACGGGGAUCUACAGGGUCCCGGGGAACAACGCCGUGGUGUCCAGCCUGCAGGAGCAGCUCAACAAGGGCGUCGACAUCAACCCCACGGAAGAGAAGUGGCAGGACCUCAACGUGGUCAGCAGCCUGCUCAAGUCCUUCUUCCGGAAACUGCCGGAACCGCUCUUCACCGACGACAAGUACAACGACUUCAUCGAUGCCAACCGGAUGGAGAACGCGGAGGACAGGCUGAAGACCAUGAGGAAGCUGAUCCACGACUUGCCAGAUUGCUACUACCACACUCUGAAGUUUCUGGUGGAACACCUUAAAACAGUGGCUGAUAACGCAGAGAAGAAUAAGAUGGAGCCGCGGAACCUGGCCCUGGUGUUCGGCCCCACGCUGGUGCGCACCUCGGACGACAACAUGACGGACAUGGUCACCCACAUGCCCGACCGCUACAAGAUCGUGGAGACGCUCAUCCAGCACUGUGACUGGUUCUUCAGUGAUGAUCUGGACAAAGAUGAGAAGACCCCUGUGGAAACGGUGGACCUGCAGCCCGCCCCCAACAUCGACCACCUGCUGCCCAACAUCGGGCGGACCUGCGCCCUGGCGGAGGUCUCGGAUUCAACCAAUAGUGACUCGAAGUCCAAGGGCUCGUGGGGGUCGAAGCGGGAACUGUCCGACUUCCUGUCCAUCAUGUCGGCCGUCGGCCGGACACGCAAGAAGCGCCCGGACAACCGUCUCCUGGGUAGCAGCACGGACGAGGACUCCGAGCAGGAGCCCAACAGAGCGGCCGAACUCGAGGAGGAGGAGGAGGAGGAGGAGGAGGAUGAAGGGGACGGGGGAGGAGUCCUGGCGCCCAGAGAGGAGGAGGAGGAGGAUGAAGAGGAGGACGAGGAGGAGGAGGAAGAGGAAGAAGCUGAGAGGACAGUAGAGGAGGUGAUAUUACCCAGAAGGCCAUGCGAGGAGGAAGAGGAGCCGGAGGGAGACGCAGAAGUGUUUCUGCUGCAGGAGGAGGAGGCGGAGGAAGAGGAGGAGGGCGGGGCCGGGGCGCAGGCGCGGGAUUGGAGGGGAACGGAGGACGAGCGCUCCAUCGUUUCGGGGUACUCCACCCUCUCCACGCUGGGGCGGAGCCGGGGCGACGAGGCGGACGACGAGCGCAGCGAGCUGGUGAGCGAGACGGACAACGAGAGCGGCUUCGCCUCGCGCUCCCUCACCCAGGAGCGGCCCGAGAAGCCGGCCCCGCCCCCCCGCAGCUUCCUCUACGCCCACUGCAAAGGCCCCGCCCCCCCCGCUGCGCCGGGGGCCCCGCCCGCCCCCGGACAACCGAGCCCGCAGCAGGCGCCGGACCCGGCGGACCGGAGCGAGGGGGGGGCCCGGAGCGCCACGCCCUCUUCCUCCUCCUUCUCCUCCUCCUCGUCCUCGGUCCGGCCGUACGGGAGGCCCGCCUUCUGCUCCCGGAGGCUGAUCCAGGGCGACACGCUGGCCAGGAAGAAGCUGAAGGACGAGAAGGCCAAGGUCCGCUCCCUGGACCUGGAGCUGGAGCUGGAGCUGGGCUCCGCCCCGGGAUACCACGCCCCCGACGGAGCCCCCGCCCCCGGCCCCGCCCUCGGCCCUGCCCACGGCCUGCCCAGCGUUGAGGCGGCCUCCUUCUCCCCCGCCGGGCGUGUCCCGGGGGGCUCGCUGGCGGACCAGGUGCGGGCGCGGCUGAUGGGCUCGGCCGACGACCUGCGGGCGGUGGGGCGGCGCCCGGCCGUCUCCCCGGAGACGCGGCGCAAGAGGCGGGCCUGGCGCCGCCACACCGUGGUGGUGGACCUGAGCGGGCGGGGCGGCGACGCCCCCCCCUCCGCGGACGGGCCCCGCGAGGCUCCCGCGGCCCCCUCCGCCAAGCAGCCCCGCGCCAAGCCGCCGGUGCCUCCCCGCCCCCCCGAAAUCUUCAGCCAAUCGGGACAGCCGGAACGCGCCGCCCCGCCCGCACGACCGACGCCCACCUCCCGCUUCCACGAAUUCCUAUAACGACUGCCGGCGCUAACCGCUAACCUCUAAGCGCCAACUGCGCACAGACAGUCUGCCGGCCGCACCCCUCAGAGAACCCCAAAAAACCAUAGCGACCCUCUCAUGCCAGUGCUCUUGCCAUACCAGUAAGCUGGGACUGCUGGCGUUGGCGGGGUUACGGCAGCGGGCACUGGGGGAGUGGCCGGAGGCAGGGGGAGGAGCUCUGUCGGUGACAGGCGCAGCACGAGUGGGCUGUUCACAUUCCUCUUACGUUCACAUGAACUCCGUUAGCCUGACUGGUGCUACACUGUUGCCAAAGUUUUUUCUAAUUUGUACCACACAGAGGUGGGCCAUCGCAGACUUCCCAGGUUUCCCAUCGGAAUCUUCUGCGGUUUAGCGCAGUUGCCACGGUAUUACAUUCCUGGUGUGAUGUCAUGAGACGUGCAUUCAAGAGGUGCCAAGGAAGGCUGAGGGAUAAUACACACACACACAUAUGUUCACUCAGUCUUACACACAUCUAACCACACACACACACAGACAAGCGGGGACCUGAUGCUAACAGUAUUACGCAGACAGUGUUGGAACAGCACUAGCGGAGGGGCUACAGGAGAACCUGUUUAAUGUCUGUUUCUGUCUGUCUGGGAAAGCAUUGAGGAAGUCUGACCUGAGAACCUGGUGCUUUAAAACAGGCUGUUUUACUUCCCUCUGCUCCAGUAAACCACAGGAGCCGGCCUGUUUAGCCUUGAUCUAGAGGUACAGCAGCCUUUUACUGCCAUGCUACCGACCACUGCCCUACACACACAUACACACGCACACACACACACACGCACGCACACACACACACACGCACACACACACACGCACAUACACACACGCACACACACACACACGCCCCAUGCUGCCUGCAGCUCCGUGGCUGCCUGUUCGUCGAUCUGUUCACAUGCAUGUGCAUUCGUGUGCCUACUUGCUUGUGUACCCACGAGGGAGUGUAUGAUUGUGUGUGUGAAAACCGUUGUGUAACAUUUGUACAAAGCCUUGCUAAGUUAACCUUAUGUACAUACAUGUUAUAUAUAUGACAUCAUAAUAUUUGUUUUUAAUUUGUUUUGUUCUUUUUUUUUCCAUCGUUUACAAAGGUGCAGCCCAGUGCACGACCAUUUCCUUCAAACUGUUACUUGAAAACAUGUCCCUUUCUAUGUUUUUUUUUGAUUUUAUAUACAGUAUAUAUUAUAUAUAUUUUUUUGUAUGGAAGAAAUAAGUGCUUUCAUCGUGAUUUGAAUUCUCGAGGUGUUCCUGUGUAAAACUUUAAAAAAAAAAAAAAAUUAA